AUGGGAGUGUGGAGCCAGGAAAAUAACCUCUCACUCCAUGUCGACAAAACAAUGGAGCAAAUCGUGGACUUCAGGAAACAGCAGAGGGAGCACUCCCCUAUCCACAUCGACUGGAACACAGUGGAGCAGGUGGAAAGCUUCAUGUUCCAGAACACUAACGAUCUGAAAUGGUCCACCCGCACAGACAGUGUGGUGAAGAAGGGAAGAGACUCUAGGGGUGCAGAUAAGACUGUUGCCAUGGUCCUGAAGGAGAUACCAAGUAAGGCGUCUUCCGAAGGGAAACCCCUCCUGACGGUGACAACCAAGCUGGUGAGUGAGCAACAAGAGAGCCGCCCCCUGCUAAGCCCCUCCAUCGACGACUUUCUCUUUGAGACCAAGUGCGAUGGAGCUGCCCGCCCAGUGACUUCAAACACAGCAGUUCUGACCUCCACAUUGGACCUACUGGACCUCAGCGAGCCCGGAGAGAGAAUGAACAGCAAACAGGACAAGAAGAGCCCUCUGUCGUCGUCGCAUGGGGAAGGGCCCAAGAAUGGGCCUCACCGAAAGAAGACAACAGAUGAGACAGAGCUGAUCCGGGUGGCUGUGGAACAGACUGCCCCCAGCUCACACACUCCCGACUCAGUUGGUCUUGUGACGGUCAACAUUGCCUCUCCUUUGGAGAAAUGGGAGGAUCUCAACCUCCACCCUGAAAGAAACAGCAGCAGAAAGUGGAAAUUGGAAAGACAACAUUCAUCGAGAAACUCCUCCAGCGAACAUCUGUGGUCCAUAGACUGCAAAACACAACCAGAGGCAACCUCCAUGAACUCAUUGGAAGGGAAUACCAAAGCAGAGGCAGAGCCAGCUCUAGCAUUUCAACUCAACAGACAGUAUAUUAGUGGAAGACAUGGCCGUUUGAGUAAAGAGCGGUUCGGUGGCGGUCUCCUGUCCAGAAACCAGUCCCUGGAGGAAGAGUUUGAGCGCGCCAAGGCGGCUGUCGAGUCAGACACAGAGUUCUGGGACAAGAUGCAGGCAGAGUGGGAGGAGCUAGCGCGACGGAACUGGUUAACGGAGAACGAGCAGGCCCAGACCCCCUCCAGUGUGUCGCCUCACGAGAAGGGCUACUACUUUCACACGGACAACCCCUACAAGGACUGGCCCAACGCAUUUGAGGAGGGGUUUCGAAAGUCCAAAGAGGGAGAUCUGCCCAACGCUGUCCUGUUACUGGAGGGGGCCAUUUUACAGGAUCCCCAGGACUCAGAGGCUUGGCAAGUGUUGGGGACCACCCAGGCCGAGAAUGAGAACGAGCAGGCUGCUAUUGUCUCCCUCCAAAGGUGUCUGGAGCUCCACCCCAACAACCUCCAGGCCCUCAUGGCCCUGGCGGUGAGCCUGACCAACACGGGCAUGAGGCAGGAUGCCUGCGAGGCGCUGCUGUGCUGGCUCCGCCACAACUCCAAGUACAAGCACCUGCUGAAGAGCAAGAGACACCUGGCGGGCUCCCCGGGCUCCCAACGUAGGAUGUCUCGUGUCUCUACAGUGGGCAGGAAUGAGAGCUCCCUAUUGCUAGAGGUCAAGGAGUUGUUCCUGGAGGCUGCCCAGCACAACAGGGAUACCGACCCGGACCUGCAGACGGGCCUGGGCGUGCUGUUCAACAUCAGCGCUGAGUUCAACAAAGCUGUGGAGGCCUUCAAUGCUGCCCUGUCAGUGCGGCCUGAGGACUACCUGCUGUGGAACCGCCUGGGUGCCACGCUGGCUAACGGGGACCGCAGCGAGGAGGCAGUGGAAGCCUACACCAGAGCCCUGGAGCUCCAGCCGGGCUUCAUUAGGUCCCGCUACAAUCUGGGCAUCAGCUGCAUCAACCUGGGAGCACACAGGGAGGCGGCCAGUAACUUCCUAACGGCCCUGAGUCUGCAGAGGAAGAGCCGGAGUCGGCAGCUCUCGCACCAGGUCAUGUCAGGGAACAUCUGGGCCGCCCUGCGGAUAGCCCUGUCCAUGAUGGACCAGCCGGAGCUCUUCCAGGCGGCCAACAUCGGAGACCUAGACCUACUCAUGAAAGCCUUCAACCUGGACAUGUGAAUGGAGAUGAGCCAUGGAGACAAGGCUCUACUCUCCUACCAACAGCCAAGAAUCCAAAGUGUACAGAUGGAAAGAGCGGUUUUGUCCAGUUGAUGACUAGUGUGUGGUCUUUUUUUGCACGCACUACAAGAAUUUGCCUAUCUUUACUACUCCUAAGUACCUCUGCAGUCUUGAGUACUGCAUGUGCUCGAAGAAGAGACUAUUUUGCGAUGGAUUUGCACUGCAAUUUGUGAUUUUUCCAGAAGAUCACAAGGACGGGCAAAGAUUGUACAAGUAGGGUAGAGUGGGGUAAGUCAUGCCAAUGGGUUGGUUGAGCCACCCCUUGUUUCUAGAAAACCAUACACAAAAUGAAUCAUGUGACCAAAUAUUUAGGACGGGGUUAUCAUUUCAUGAAGUCUGUGAAGAAAGAAACCACAUGGAACAAGUGGUAAGGAAGUUAGGUCCAAGAAAACAAUUUUCACAAAGUCAAAUUAAUGUAUUAUUAUAGGUUUCAUGACGCUUGUAUGUAAACCAAAGUAGAUAGUUUUAAGACUGGUUUAUACAUCAGUUUGGGUCUCUAUAAGCUACAAUAUGAGGUCCUUAACCUAGCAUGAAAGUGCAUCAACGUAGCUGUGUGGCCUAAUAUAGUCAAAAUGGUUGCUUUGGGGUAAAGUUGAGCCAAUGGCUAAUCAAUAGAUCCCAUACAAAUGAUGCAUAGUAUUUUGUCAGUUGUAUGCAUAAUAUUUUUGCAAUUUGUCAUGCAUAUGAACUCGAUUUCUAUUGUUUACAGAGCAGACAUCAUCAUGCCCUGUGUAUACAAACUUUUUUUUUUAAAGCAGGGAUCUGGCCCCUCGAGGUUCUUGAAAGAGCAGCCAAGGAAGUGAGAGAAGGAAAGAAGUCUAUUUGAGCAGCAGCAAGGGAUGAAAAAAAAAGACACGUCAGACAAAAAAUAAAACAAAGAUUUACCUGUGUGCUAUGAUGGAGUAGCAGAGGCACAUAAAGGUCUUGUCUGAUGACAUGGAGUCUGAGCUUGCUAAACAGACCCGUUUUAUGGGCUUAGUAGCCUCAAAUGCAGAGAACUUGCUUACGAAUUGGUACAUCGAAACAACAUCCCAGUCCCUAACAAUCUUACCCCAAGGUGUUUCCACUUACCCUGUCCCCGUGCUAAAUUUACCCCAUACCUGGGGUAAGUUAUGCCAAGAGACCAUUUUAUUUGGACAUUCUGUUUUCAAAACAUACUGUAUGUUUAAAUGAAUUCAGAUUUUUCUAGGGAUACACAACAUCCUGAAAUAUAUAUAUAGAUAUUUUGACGUAGUGAUGCUGAAUGUAAAAAAAUGGCUCAACAUACCCCACUCUCCCCUAAUGCCUUAAAGAACACCGAACACCGUGGAACUGAGCUAGAGGGAGAAAGUGAAAUGCUGAGAAUACUGUUGCUGAGCAGUGUUGAGGUUUGACAAAAACGGUUUCCUCAUCCAACUACAGUACUUUCAGAGUGUUCGGAUUGUCACACCCAUCGACCUACAGAAAGGAUUUAGUGAGUAAAAUCAAGACUACACCAUAAACUGUAGGACUCCAUCCGUUUUCAUCAGAAAAUCAAUAGAUCCUUUUAAGAGGUGGUUUUAUCCUCUUUUAAUUAAGGGAGGUAAAGCACUGCAUGGAAACUAAAGCAUUUCCCCAAAAUAAUUCAGUGGCACAAACAAAAGUUUUGAAUUCUUGAACUUUUCUUGCACUUUGAAAACAAACUGAUAAUUUCCUCCUAUCUUAAUGAAAUUUGCAGAUUGUAAAGUCUUUACUCAAAACGCAUGCUAAAACAAUAUAAACAUUUACACACAUUUUUUGUAUGUCAAUUUCAGAUUAAUUUUUUACUUCCUUUAAUACUUGGCAUCCUCCGAAUCCUUCAUGUUUUGUGGUGUGCUCAGCUCCUCAUUAUAUUUGCCAGGUUUUCCCUUAGUCUUUUUUUUUCACUCAGAGCUGCAUAUGUACUUCAGGUGUCAGAAAAACACAUUCCGUUGAAUUUGUUCAGGUUUGUGCUUAUGGCUGGGAUGACAUUCAAACUAUUCUCUCAUGUCACAUUGGUAAAUCAAAAGAUUAAGCUUUGUAGUGAAUGGAUUUGGGUCAUUCCACAAUUUUCUAGAAGACAGCAUCUUUGUGUAACAUCUUGUAACACCUCAAAUGUUACAAAACAUGACAGCAUCUCAUGUUAAUGUCAGGUUUAUCGAAACACAGCAAAAAAAGAAACGUCUUCUCAUUGUCAACUGCGUUUAUUUUCAACAAUCUUAACGUGUAAAUAUUUGUAUGAACAUAAGAUUCAACAACUAAACUGAACAAGUUCCACAGACAUAUGACUAACAGAAAUUGAAUAAUGUGUCCCUGAACAAAGGGGGGGUCAAAAUCAAAAGUAACAGUCAGUAUCUGGUGUGGCCACCAGCUGCAUUAUGUACUGCAGUGCAUCUCCUCCUCAUGAACUGCACCAGAUUUUCCAGUUCUUGAUGUGAUGUUACCCCACUCGUCCCACUCGUCCACCAAGGCACCUGCAAGAUCCCAGACAUUUCUUGGGGGAAAGGUCCUAGCCCUCACUCUCCGAUCCAACAGGUCCCAGACGUGCUCAAUGGGAUUGAGAUCCGGGCUCUUCACUGACAUUCCUGUCUUGCAGGAAAUCAUGCACAGAACGAGCAGUAUGAGGGAGGGGGAUGUCUUCCCUGUAACGCACAGCGUUGAGAAUGCCUGCAAUGACAACAAGCUCAGUCCGACGAUGCUGUGACACACUGCCCCAGACCAUGACGGACCCUCCACCUGCAACACGCAUUCCUUUGACGAUAAACACAACUCCGACCAUCAUCCCUGGUGAGAAAAAACUGUGACUCGUCAGUGAAGAGCACUUUUUGCCAGUCCUGUCUCGUCCAGCGAUGGUGGGUUUGUGCCCAUAGGCGAUGUUGUUGCUGGUGAUGUCUGGUGAGGACCUGCCUUACAACAGGCCUACAAGCACUCAGUCCAGCCUCUCUCAGCCUAUUGCGGACAGUCUGAGCACUGAUGGAGGGAUUAUGCAUUCCUGGUGUAACUCGGGCAGUUGUUGUUACCAUCCUGUACCUGUCCCGCAAGUGUGAUGUUCAGAUGUACCGAUCCUGUGCCGGUGUUCUUACACGUGUUCUGCCACAGCAAGGAUGAUCAGCUGUCCGUUCUGUCUCCCUGUAGCGCUGUCUUAGGCGUCUCACAGUAUGGAAAUUGCAAUUUAUUGCCCUGGUCACAUCUGCAGUCCGAAUGCCUCCUUGUAGCAUGCCUAAUGCAUGUUCACGCAGAUGAGCAGGGAGCCUGGGCAUCUUUCUUUUGGUGUUUUUCAGAGUCAGUAGAAAGGCCUCUUUUAGUGUCCUAAGUCUUCAUAACUGUGACCUUAAUUGCCUACCGUCUGUAAGUUGUUGGUGUCUUAACGACCAUUCCACAGGUGCAUGUUCAUUAAUUGUUUAUGAUUCAUUGAGCAAGCAUGGGAAACAGUGUUUAACCCUUUUCAUUGAAGAUCUGUGAAGUUAUUUGGAUUUUUACAAAUUAUCUUUGAAAGACAGGGUCCUGAAAAAGGGACGUUUCUUUUUUUGCUGAGUUUAGUUACACAGUGGGAUAAACAUUUAGUUGUUUGCACAUAAGCAUUGUUUUGUGUAUGAGGUAAAUGCAGAGCUAGUAAUGGUGUGUUGCUUUACUAAUGAAUGUGUUCCAUUCUACUUAGUGUUUAGCGGCCCUAUUAUAAAAAGUGUUACCA